CUUAUUUCUAAAUUGCUACUAGUACUAGCCAGUGUUUAAUUUCAAACUUUGUUCUGUUUCAUAUCAUAUUUUAACUUCACCUUCAAAUAUUUAUUUGCUCUUGAAGCAUAUAUAAUAAAUUGAAUAUCUUUGUUUGAUGAACUCCACAAGAACACUAGCUAUGUCCACAAGUACAAAGAGAGAGUUUGGUUCUAAUAAAAUUGAAGAAAAUGAGUUGAGAAGAGGACCUUGGACUCUUGAAGAAGAUAGCUUAUUAAUUCACUAUAUUGCUCAUCAUGGUGAAGGUCGUUGGAAUAUGUUAGCAAAAAGUGCAGGAUUGAAGAGGACUGGUAAAAGCUGCAGACUUAGAUGGCUUAAUUACUUGAAACCUGACAUUAAGAGAGGGAAUCUUACUCCUCAAGAACAAUUGUUGAUCCUUGAACUCCAUUCCAAGUGGGGUAACAGGUGGUCAAAAAUUGCUCAACAUCUACCAGGAAGAACGGAUAAUGAGAUAAAGAAUUAUUGGAGAACAAGGGUGCAGAAACAAGCACGCCAACUUAACAUUGAAUCUGGUAGCAAGAGAUUCAUUGAUGCUGUUAAGUGUUUUUGGAUGCCAAGAUUGCUUCAAAAAAUGGAACAGAACACUUCUCCAAGUUCUCAUCAUCACUCUUCAAUAACAACAAAUAUGAAUUUUGUGAAUUCUAUUGAAGCUUCAACUAGCUCAAUGUCAACAACAAGCUUCAAUGUUCCUUCUAUGUCUCCAUCAUCAUCUCAUCCACAAAGUGGAUUAUUCAUUGAUUCUUCUUCAAGUGAAAACCAUUUAAGCAAUCCUUCCUUGGAUUUCUUCCAAUUUUCACAGCCACUUGAAAUUUCAGAAAAUUCAAGUGCUCCAAAUGUGUUGGAUAACACUGUUUAUAGCUGUCCAAUUCAGAACAACUACAAUAUUGAUGACACAAAUAACUAUGGUUUGGAAGGUUUAAACUUUGAUCCAUUGUCUUCAAUGGAAACUUAUGACUUUUCACAGUUUGAUUUUCAAUCUGGUGGAAGUGGCUGGAUGUUAGACAAUAUGGCUAAUACUUUGUGGAAUAUGGAUGCUAUGUGACAGUGUAUACCACAAAGAGCAUGCAUAUCUCAAGUUCUAAAAAUAUUAAUAAUACUAAUAGUAUUAAUAAUUGUGAUCAAGAUUAUAUUAGUAUAUACUGAUUCUUAGUGACUAAACAGUUUCUUUGAUAGAGAUUAGUAAAGUGUAAGGUACUAAUGUUAUUUAUUAUGAUUAUGAGUAGUUGUAAACUAGCAUAUUUAUAUAGAAAAUGCAGGAGAGGAUAUUAAUGAUCCCCUGUUCAGAUACAUAUAUAAUAUAUAUUAAAGUUGGAAAAGCUGUAAUAAUUUUAUUAAGAGAAUGUAACUUGGUUGUUAAAUUAAGAGUGA